AUGAUUUUGCAAGACCCUCAGACUUCGCUCAAUCCGGUGUUUACAAUUGGUAACCAGUUGCGCGAGGCAUUAGGCAUAGCGCACCGGGAAAACAAGCGGUCAAUGCUGGGCAGGGCGGUAACCGCUUUGCGUUCCGUUAACGUGGCGGCGCCUGAGCGACGGCUGGACGACUAUCCGCAUCAAAUGUCGGGUGGAAUGAAGCAACGCGUGGUAGGGGCUAUCGCGAUGUCCUGCGAACCAGGAGUUAUUAUCGCGGACGAACCAACCACGGCGCUGGACGUUACGAUCCAGUUGCAAUACCUGCGCCUUUUGAAAGAGAUUCAGGCGGAGACCGGACUCGCCAUCAUUUUCAUUACCCACGAUUUUGGCGUAGUUGCCCGCAUGUGCGACCGAGUGGCCGUGAUGUACGCCGGGCGGAUAAUAGAACAGGGUGACGUGCGGGAUAUUUUCAACAACCCGACCCACCCGUAUACCCAGGCAUUGAUCAACUCGGUUCCAAAACUGGAACAGCGCGUAGGCCGGCUCUACUCCAUUGACGGCCAGCCGCCAUUGCUUUCAAACUUGCCGGAAGGGUGCCGAUUUGCGCCAAGGUGUCUAUACGCCGAGGACAAAUGCCUGGAAGCAUAUCCGGAGUCGGUACAGAUGAAUCCCAGGCACCAUGCCGACUGUUGGGCGCUCGGUCCAGACUGGCAAGAAGUCAAUGGCCUGAAGAAAUAUUUCCCCGUUACAAAAGGUCUUAUCAUGAUGAAGACCAUCGGCUACGUGCAGGCGGUGGACGGUAUUUCCUUCUCUAUCAGGCAAGGCGAGACAUUGGGCCUGGUUGGCGAAUCUGGCUGUGGCAAAACCACCACCAGCAAGCUAUUACUGCGGCUGGAACGCCCGACCGAGGGUGAGAUUCUUCUUGAAGGGGAAGACAUCAACGAAUUCCGCGGAACUCAGUUGCAAGAGUACCGGACCACGGUGCAAGCGGUGUUUCAGGACCCCUGGUCGUCACUGAGCCCACGGAUGCGGGUCCGCGAUAUUGUUGCAGAACCGCUUAUCGUUAAUCGCAGCGUGACGACGCAAGAGAAGGAAGAUCGAGUCGCGGAAGUUUUGCAGCAGGUGGGGCUCCACGCCCAGCAGGCCAAUAACUAUCCCCAUGAGUUUAGUGGAGGCCAGCGGCAACGCAUUGCGGUGGCCUCGGCCCUGGUGUCGUACCCCAAGCUGAUUGUGCUGGACGAGCCGGUGUCGGCGCUGGAUGUGUCCAUUCGUGCGCAGGUGAUGAACCUGCUGAAGGACUUGCAAGAGCAAUACAACGUCAGCUAUCUGUUGAUAGCGCACAACCUGGCGACGGUCCGGUACAUGGCCCACCAAACCGCG